AGGAAGAAUCCCUGUUAAACGAAGAUAUCAUAAGGUCAGAAAGAAGAUCACACGGAAGAGACUUCACGAAAUCGUACCUGCAACACAAAUCAACACACGUUCCAUGAAAAACUAUGGUAAAGGACCUCGAUCUCCUUUAAUUGAGUCUAGAUUUCGAUCCCAACAGUUGUUAUACCAGCAGAUCCAAGACGAUGCUAGAAGAGAACCUUCCUCUGGAUAUGAUGUGUCACAUUCUCAAGAACUUAGUGACGGGUUUGAGGAUAGGAGAGAAAUAGGCAACAAUUUUCAUAGAACAAUUCCUCAAAUUGCUAGUGAUAAGGUAUGUGAUGACUUUAAUGCUGAACGUGUUGAGUUGAGUCGCUGGAAUGUUGCUCACAAAGAAGAUACCAAGUGGAACGUUUACAAUGAGCCUAACGGAACGAUGCAGCAGAUGGUUAAGGAGCUAAUGUGUUCUUCAACAGGCGUGGAGUAUGAGAUAUCAAGAUGCUCUGCAAACGACUUGAUAACAUGGAUAAACAAUUGGGAGACUUACUUAUGUGAGAGUAAAACUCCCCAGACUCAGUGGUUGCCAAUAGUUUAUUCACACUUAGAAGGAGCUGCGACUGGUCAUUGGAUCAAGAGUCUAUGGAAAAAGAAUUCACCUACAAGUUGGAAGGAAUUCAAGUGCAUGUUAGGACAAGAGACAAAGAUAACCAGGGAAGUUGCUAGAGAAUUGUGGGGUCAAGACAUGGAUGGUGUGGAUGUUAAGAGAUCUAGAGCUCUCCACAUCCAUAUGGGUUUAAGCACUAAUUCUCGAGGUAAUAAUCUCCACCACAAUGUUACUGAUUCAGUCAUGAUGGAGAGAAAUGGUAUAAUCAGAAAUGGGUCAAUGUUUUGGACCAAUUCUGCGAAGGCAUGGGAACAAGUUAGCUCGGACGCUCACGAACUAAGGGUUGGUGCUGAGAGUAUAAGAGUGUUAUGCAUUGGAUUUAGAGAAAUAGCUCCUCAAAAUACUAUAGAGGCAGUGCCAUAUGUACUACCUGCACGUGAAGUCCAAGAAACACAAUCACUAGGAGCUACUAGAGGAAGAGAGAUCUCUCAAGCACAUUCACAAGAAUUUAAUGGAGUGAAAAAGGGAAUAAUAGGUCCAGUAAUAGAGGGAACUCUCAAGCGAGCAAGACAGUCAAGAUACUUAGGGAUUUUUCAAGAGAGGACAGUGUCAGAAUACUGGACAAGGUUUGAAAAACUUUGUCUUAAUUCUAUGACUUUACCGGGACAACACUUGGAGGAGAUAUUCUUACAAGGUUUAAAGCCUGAGUUGCAAGCUGCAGUUAGGCAUCUCCAACCUAAUGGGAUUGAUGGCUACCAAUCGACACAUGCAAAGCUAAUGAGUCUUACCAUGGUGCAAGGUAUUACGAAUGAUUCGGGGGAUAAGCUGGCUGGGGUAAAGAAGGAAUACGAAUACAGGAAUGAGCUGGAAGGUUUCAAAGAGGAUCUUAAUAUCUUGAGACGGGGUAAAGAGAAGUCAGUGACAGAUUUAACCAAGAACAAAUGUAUGAGAUUCAAUGGCUUCAUCUCAGGUCAUAAGGUUGUUGUAUUUAUCGACUCAGGAGCUACAAAUAAUUUCAUGUCAGAGAGAUUGACAACUCAACUCAAGCUUUCAGUUAUGGACUCAAGUAUAAUUAAGGUGUCUUUGAGCUAUGGGCUAUCUAGUAACGUCAAGGGAAGGUGUCAAGAGAUUGCUUUGCAAGUUAAAGACAUCCAAAUUGUGGAGAGUUAUUACUUGUUGGAGUUGGGAAGUAUGGAGGCUGAUGUGAUUCUAGGGUAUGAGUGGCUCUCAAAGCUGGGAGAGACAGAGGUUAAUUGGCAGGAUCAUACCUUCUCAUUUAUCCACAACCAUAAAUGGGUCACUUUUUGUGGUAAGAAUGAAGAUCUUAAGCAAGGUACUACAAAGGUGAAGAUGAGGAAUGAAAAUGAGCAAGCUGAGCAGAAGGAUGCUGGUGGAAUGGUUGAUGAACACUACCUUGAGGACAAGGUAGCUUUAAAAGGGGUGAGUAAGGAGAUGUGGGGAGGAAGCGCUACUGAGAUACAGUGGAAACAGAAUGUGAGUGGUGAAACUCAAGAGAUCACUAGAAUCAUGUUAGUCAACCUCAAUAAGCUGAUAAUUUUCACCUAUGAUGUGUCUCACUCGCCAAGGCUUCCAGAUAUGUCAUGUGGGAACAAGAUGGUAUCAGAAAAUCCAAAGGCAACCCGUGACAUGAAAAAGAAAGCGUGGAUCACUCUUUGCUGUAAGUUACCUUCUAAGGACUCUUUCUCACAUUUUGCAUUACUUGAGAAAGAGUCAAAAGUUUGGCAGCACGAUCAUUACGUCCAAUGGACAAUGAAGAAAGAUGAGCUCAAUAGUUCUGGAAUAUCUUCGAAGAUGCAGAAUAAUGUUACUAAGGGCGGCGAGUUUCCGGAGUGGUUUGUCUGUAAACCGACUUCACCAUUAGAGGAGCAAUAUGCGUUAGAAAUACAAGCUGAGGAGAAAGGUGAGAAGCAGUUUGAACUGACACUAGAGGAGUCUGAUGCGUCCUCUAACGGCAAGAAGAAGGUUGUUGGUGCGGGUUCAACAAAAGCUAAGGUCUCCUUAGUCCUUCCAUGGCUUUGAUUUCCUACCACCUUGAGGACAAGGUGAUUCUUCACCGAGGGAGUAUUGAUAGGAUCACGAUUGGGCCUAAUGGGCUUCGUACUUGACUUAUGGUUUAGCCGUUGACUUUAGUAAUUGUUUCUAUUUAAGAGUGCCUUAGUCCUUGUAAAACAAUCAUCGAUGAAGAUCAUAACAAUGAAUUAAACUCUUCU